AUGAACCCACCGCCCGUCCUCCCGCCAAUUACGAUUCUGGCGCCCAUCACGCCGCCCACUCCGCCCAUCGACCGGCCCUCCACUGCUCCCUCUCCCGUAUCCUCCGAAGGACCGGCCACGCCGCCGGCGCACUCACCCCCUCGCCGGCCGUCCACGGCCGGCCCGAGGCCACUCGCUUCCCCCAAGAGAGCAGGGCAACCGAUGUCCGCCCCAAUCGGCAUCCCUGCCGGCCGCAGACGUGCCAACACCCACUCCUUACUGAGCUCGUCGCCCACCAACACCCCCUUCAUGGUCAGCAGCCUGGACCCCGCAACGCUCAUGACCGAGCCGCCGCGCGGUGUCCUCGCUUCGAGUCUGCCCGCCCGUCCGCGAGCAAGCCGUUCCGUGUCCUCUGGCCCUGCGCCGCGUGUCACUAAGCCUUCCCCGCCCAAGGCCAACGGAACCCCCAAACCCAUGCCCGCCAAGAGCACGCCGUCGUCUCCCAAGCUUAGCAAGCCCGCCGCUGUGUUAGGAGCCGAUAUGACCGACAUCAACUUUUUGCUGGCGAACAAUUCCUGUCUCGCGGAAGCGCUGGCUGGCGGCGACUUAACUGCUGCCGGUAUAGCCGUCCCGAAACCCUCAAAGCCAAGAGCGGCUAGCACGUCCAAGAAGGCGGGAUGGAGGUCACGUCUCUUCGACUUUGAGCACGUGCUCGGCGCGCUCGACCCCAGCCGGAUCGCAGAGCCGACCCCGCCCGAGCCCGUCAAGGCGGUUGUCUUUGGCGCCGAUACAGAGGCGGGACUGGUCGUGUGCCGCGCCCUCCUCACCGCCAAGGGGUAUAUCUUGACUGCUCUGACGGUCGACGAACCCGACAGCGCUGCGGCCGAAGAACUCAAGGACGCCGGUGCGCGCGUCCUCCAGGUCGACAUGGACAACCCGGCAUCGUACCACACCGAACUGAAAGGUGCAGCCGCCGUCUUCCUCAGCUCCAACGUGAUCACCCUCCACUCGAUCCUGCAGCACCAGGCCGAGCCGGCGCGAACUGAAAUUGCCCGCCGUGCCGACAGAUGUCAGCUCCUCAAAGCUGCGCAUGCGUGUGCUCGGGCGCGUGUAGGACACCUGGUGUUCCGGGUCAAUGCGUGUGGGCACGAGAUUGUCGAAAACUCUCUCGGCAAGAAGGAAGUGGUAAACAACUCUACGCCCGAAGAACUACGCCGCCUAGGUGUUCCCCAUACGGUGCUACACACGAGUGUUCCCUUCUCCCGCCUGAAUGAAUGGCUCGUACCCACAGACAAGGGUCUACUCCUAGACCUCCCGGUUCCCGACGACACGAGCAUCCCCUGGUUUGCGGUCGAGCAGACUGGCGAUUAUGUUCUCGCUGCGCUGCGGAAUCCCAAAAAGUGGGUCGGCCACGACAUGCACGCCAUCAGCGACAAGUAUACGCCUGUGAGCAUGGCCGCUCGGUUGAAUCGGAUGGCCCGGCGACCCGUUGCGACCAAUGGUGUUACCAAGGCCGAUUUCGAUAGCCUCGAGAGCCAUGAGCGGCUCACGUUGAGGUGGGACGCUUGGAACCAGCUCGUGAGGAACCAGUACGACUUUGAGCACGAGACGCGGGCGACGGCGGCCGAUGUCGCGCACCAGUGGAAGCUGGGGGAUUGGGUUGCGCAGAACCCCGAGAUGCUGAAGAAGCUCAAGCAUUAG